AUACGAAUCUACACUGUAACAAUGGUGUACUGUGAAUGAGAGAGAGAGAGAGAUCGCGCUGAAGAGUGAAGGUUUAGUUUAGUUACUGGCUUCUCAGGUAGGCGGAGGUAGAGGCGGUUGAUGGCUGAAUCUGGGCAAAAGCAAUGAAGAUCACUGGCGGUAGGACUGAGCUUCCGACACUCACGUCUUCCAAGGCGGCGAACGCAUCGCCAGGAUCAGAUCUUCUGCAGAGGCAACCCAGCCCUCGCAGGACGCCAAGCCGGAGGAUCAGGACCUCCGGUGCGGGAGGAGUGCGGUUGCGGAAGGAUAUCGGCGGAGGUUCUGCUGGGAGGAGGAGCAGGCCGCACACCCCUCUGCUGCGGUGGAAGUUCAAUGAGGAUGUAGAGGAGAGUGUUGCGGAAGAGGGAUGCCCGUCGAAUCUUGGUCGGAAGUGUAAUCGGAAAACUCGAGCUGCAGUCUCGGCCAGAAAGAUUGCUGCAGGAAUCUGGCGGCUGCAGUUGCCGGAAGUGCCUAGUAACGGAGAAAAGCUAGGGUUUCAGGGUGGAGUUCAUCAUGCUGGGAUCCCUUUUUAUGGUCAUCAUCACGGUAAAGCUCAAGAUUCUCCUGUUAAGGAUUCGGUAGAGAGUCCUCGUUCCAUCUCUGGUCCAAGAAAUGGAGUGUUUUGUCAGCUUGAACCGUCAUUCCAAUUUCCCAACACUGCAAUGGAGGGAGUGACAAAGUGGGAUCCUAUCAGCUGGAAAGCCACUGAAGGAAUAAAACAGAUUCAUGGUCACCAAAAAGUUCGCGCCCAACAAACGCAUACUCCUAGAGUGGUAUCCGUCCUUGAGGCAGAGCUAGAGAAAGCACGGGCCCGGGUUAGUGAGCUUGAGACAGAGCAGCAGUCAUACAAAAAGAAAAUCGAGCAAUUUCUGAAGAAACUCAGUGAAGAAAGGGCUGCGUGGCGAAGCAGAGAGCAUGAGAAAAUACGGAUAAUCUUAGACGAUAUGAAAGCUGACGUGACUAGAGAAAGGAAAAACCGACAAAGGCUUGAAAUCGUUAAUUCCAAGUUAGUUAAUGAGUUGGCUGAUGCCAAGUUAUCUGCAAAGCGCUACAUGCAGGACUAUGAAAAGGAACGGAAGGCGAGAGAGUUGAUAGAGGAAGUGUGUGAUGAAUUAGCUAAAGAAAUCGGAGAAGACAAGGCUGAAGUUGAAGUAUUGAAGAGGGAAUCUGCAAGAUUUCGCGAGGAAGUUGAUGAAGAGAGAAGGAUGUUACAGAUGGCUGAGGUCUGGAGGGAGGAACGGGUUCAAAUGAAGCUAAUCGAUGCUAAGUUGACACUGGAAGACAAGUAUUCUCAUAUGAACAGACUAAUCGCAGAUUUAGAGUCUUUUUUAAGUUCUAGAGGUGCUACCCCUGAUAUGGAGGAGAUGAAGAAAGUGGAACACCUUCGACAACUAGUUGCAGCUGUUAAUAUCCACGACAUUCGGGAAUUCACUUACGAGCCCCCAAAUCCAGAUGACAUUUUCGCUGUUUUUGAAGACGCUAGUGUGGCUGAAACCAACGAGAGGCAAAUUGAACCGCAUCUUCUUCAGUACAGUCCUGUUAGCCAUUCGUCCAAAAUUCAUACUGUCAGCCCUGACGUUAAUAUGUUUACAAAAGACAAUUUUCACAGACAUCCUAAAGCAUAUAUCAAUCAGAGUGAUGGUUUGGAAGACGAGGGAAGUGAGUGGGAAACCGUGAGCCAUCUCGAUGAGCAGGGAUCAAGUUAUUCACCUGACGGGAGCGACCCAUCUGUCAACAACAAGAAUUGCCGGCUCAGCACCAUGUCAAGAAGCGGAGCAGAUUGGGAAGGCAAUGGCUGUGAUGAGACACCGAUUACUGAUAUAAGUGAAGUUUGCUCCUCACCAAAUCAACCAUUAAAGAAGAUGUCCUCUUCCAUAUCUAGGCUCUGGAGGUACUCAAAUGGAAGACUUUCUAAUGGGGGGGCUAUCACGUCUUCUCCUGACAGAUGCUCGAGUAAAGAUGGCUUCAGCCCCUCGAAUUUGGCGGGGCAAUGGAACUCACCUGACUUGGGAAAUCCUCAUCUGAGUAGAGGUAUGAAAGGAGGAUGCAUCGAAUGGCCACGCAAUUCACAGAAACACAGUUUGAAGUCGAAGCUCUUGGAGGCAAGAAUGGAGAGCCAAAAGAUCCAGCUACGCCAUGUACUGAAACAGAAGAUUUAGAGAGCUUGAUGCCUAAAAGUGCCUAACCCCACCCCUCUGUCAGCGAGCAAGUACUAGUAAAACCCAAAGAGAACCAUGUAUAAUGUAAUUCUUCUUUUUUUUCUUGCAAGGUGGUCAUCUUCUUCUUAUUGAAAAUACUCUCCGAGUAAUUUAUGUAUCCUAUGAACAUUAGAUUACUGAUUUACGAAGUCUAUAGAUUAAUCAUUUUUCUGCACA